AUGGACAUCAUCGACCAGGGCCUCCCAGCCAUUGAAAGCCAUAGGGCCCUCCACGUAUGGAUCAUUGAGAACCUGAAGAUGAUACCAGUACCUGAGAAGGCUUAUGGUAACUUCUUCCAGGCUCACUGCUACGUUGUCCUCCACGUCCCCCAGAGCCCGAAGGCCACCCAGGGGACAUCCAGCGACUUGCACUACUGGCUUGGUGAGGCAGCCAGCUCAGAGGCGCAGGACGCGGCGGCUGCCUUCAUGCAGCGCCUGCAGGAGGCUCUCGGCCCCAGAACAGUGCAGCACCGUGAGGCGCAGGGCCACGAAUCUGACUGUUUCCAUAGCUACUUCCGCCCAGGAAUCAUCUACAGGAAGGGAGGCCUUGCCUCUGGCCUCAAGCAUGUGGAGACCAACAUUUACAGCAUCCGGAGACUGUUGCAUAUCAAAGGGAGGAAACACGUGUCUGCCACAGAGGUGGAGCUCUCCUGGAACAGCUUUAAUCAGGGAGACAUCUUCCUGCUGGACCUAGGCAAGGUGAUGAUCCAAUGGAACGGGCCCCAAGCCAGCAUCUCUGAGAAGGCGCGGGGGCUGGCCUUGACCUGCAGCCUCCGGGACAAGGAUCGUGGUGGACGUGCACAGAUUGGUGUGGUAGAUGAUGAGGUUGAAGCCCCCAACCUUAUGCAGAUCAUGGAGGCUGUGCUGGGUUGCAGAGUGGGUAGCCUUCAUGACGCCAUACCCAACCAGAGUAUUAACCAGCUGCAGAAGGCCCAUCUCCGCCUUUACCAUGUCUACGAGAAGGGUGAGGACCUGGUGGUCCAGGAGUUGGCAACCUGCCCACUGACCCAGGACCUACUGGAGGAGGAGAACUGCUACAUCCUGGACCAGAGUGGCUUCAAGAUCUUUGUGUGGUAUGGCCACAGAUACAACCUCCAGGAUAAACAGGCUGCCUUCAGCCGGGCAGUGGGCUUCAUCCAAGCCAAGGGCUACCCGAUCUACACCAACGUGGAGGUGGUCAACAGCGGUGCUGAGCCAGCCGCGUUCAGACAGCUCUUCCAGACGUGGACUAAGGAACAGAACCAAAGCAAGAAGCUGGGAAGGACUGGUAAAGUGAUGCAGAUAAAGCUGGAUGUGGGACAGUUGCACAGCCGGCCAGAGCUAGCAGCCCAGCUCAGGAUGGUGGACAAUGGUUCUGGGAAGGUGGAGGUAUGGUGCAUCCAGGACUUAAGGAGGCAGCCCAUGGACCCCAAGCAUCAUGGACAGUUGUAUGGAGACACCUGCUACCUUGUUCUCUACACAUACCAGAAGCUGGGCCGUGUCCAGUACGUCCUGUACCUGUGGCAGGGUCACCAGGCCACCCCUGACAAGAUUGAGGCCCUAAGGAGCAAUGCGGAGGAGCUCGACCUCAUGUACCAUGGAGCGUUGGUGCAGGAGCAUGUGACCAUGGGCAGUGAGCCCCCCCACUUCCUCGCCAUCUUCCAGGGCCAGCUGGUGCUCUUCCAGGGAGACACGAGGCACAAUGGGAAGGGACAGCCAGAAUUUGCCACCCAGCUCUUCCAUGUACAAGGCACAGAGAGCCACAACACCAAGACCAUGGAGGUGCCAGCCCGUGCCUCGUCCCUCAACUCCAGUGACGUCUUCCUGCUGUCCUCCACUGGUGUCUGCUACCUGUGGUUUGGGAAGGGUUGUAGUGGUGACCAGCGUGAGAUGGCACGGAUGGUGGCUGCUCACAUCUCCAGGAAGAACAAGGAAAUAGUGCUGGAGGGUCAGGAACCUCCCUGCUUCUGGGAGGCGCUGGGAGGCCCAGCUCCCUACCCCAGCAAUAAGAGGCUCCCAGAGAAGGCCUCCGACUUCCAGCCACGACUGUUUGAGUGUUCCAGCCUGAUGGGCUGCCUGGUUCUCACGGAAAUGGUGUUCUUCAGCCAAGACGACCUGGACAAAUAUGAUGUCAUGUUACUAGACACCUGGGAGGAGAUCUUCCUGUGGCUCGGGGAAGCGGCAAACGAGAGGAAGGAGGAGGCACUGGGCUGGGGUCAGGAAUACCUGAAGACCCAUCCAGCAGGGAGACGCUCAGCCACAACCAUCGUGUUGGUCAAGCAGGGCUUUGAACCUCCUACCUUCACUGGAUGGUUCCAUGUCUGGGACCCCUACAAGUGGACCAACAGCCAUCCCUAUGAGGAAGUGGUGGAGGGCAGUCUGGGAGCAGUGUCUGACAUCUCUAAGGUAACAACAGACAUCAACCACUUCCGGCUGUCCAACUCAUCGGGUGAUGGCACACCAGGACCCUUGGCCCGACCGGCUCUCAAGAGCUCCCAGGAUGGCUCAGAGAAUGAGCUGGAGGUGGGCCCCAAGGUGGGCAGUGCCAACGCCAGCCCCAGCACUAGCACCAGCAGCUACUACACCGGGACCAGCUCCAUGAUCAGUGGGGUCCUGCCCCGUGAACAGCUCAUGUACCAGGCCGCUGAGGACCUGCCUGAAGGUGUGGACCCGGCCCGCAAGGAGUUCUACCUCUCAGACUCUGACUUCCAAGCUAUCUUUGGGAAGUCCAAGGAAGAAUUCUACAGAAUGGCCAAGUGGAAGCAACAGCAAGAGAAAAAGCAAUACGGUUUCUUCUGA